UUCAACACACAAUGACAGAAGGAAAGGAUUUGAAACUUUAUGAGGAUAAGAAACCUGAGAAAGUCUCUCCAACACAUUAAACUGGAGGGAAUUUACCGGAGAAAGAAAAGGACUGCACUAGUGAUCCUGCUCUCCACAUCUGAGUUUCUUCUUUUUAAAUGGAUUUACAUGAUUAGGACUGAGGACCCCCUAAACCACCAUGACAAGAAACAUCUCCACCACGUCUGCCCCGACCAGCUUCCAGACUCCCAACAGCUCCUUCCUCCUCACUAAGACCAGCAGGGUGAACGCCACCGAGACCCCAGAGACCUGCGUGGACUAUGACGCGCUGCAGACCCCGCUGGCGGUGCUCUACACCAUCAUCUUCGUCAUGGGGCUGGUGGGGAACCUGGUGGCUCUGUGGGUUUUCUUCGGCGUGCACUCUAAGAAGAACUCUGUGCGGGUGUUUCUCAUCAACAUAGCUUUUGCAGACCUGCUGCUGGUGGUCUGUCUUCCCUUCAGGAUCCUGUACCACAGCCAGGGCAACGACUGGACCCUGGGGCCCACCAUGUGUAAGGUUGUGGGCAACCUCUUCUACAUGAACAUGUAUAUUAGCGUCACGCUGCUGGGCCUGAUCAGCGUGGACCGCUACAUGAAGAUCCACCGUAGCUCGGGGGUCCGGCAGAGACUCCAGACCACCAGGUGGAGCACGGCGCUCUGCGCCCUCAUCUGGCUCGGAGCUUCUGCUCUGACUCUGGUGCUCCUCAUGUCAAAGAACCACUCGCAGCAUGAGAGGUGUUUCCACUACAAGGUGCUGGUCCAAGCCAAGUGGAAAGCCUACAUCAACAUCUCUCUGCUGGUGAUCUUCUGGCUCGUCUUCAUCUCUCUGGUGGUGUCCUACGGGAAGAUCGCCAUCAAGCUUCUGAGGACGUCCCGGGACAAACCAGACCUGCCCAACGCGUCCCGCUACACCCGAACGGCCCGGAAGUCUUUCUUCAUCCUCUUCCUCUUCACCGUGUGCUUCGUCCCCUAUCACAUGGUGCGGGUGUUCUACAUUAAGACCCAGAUCACAGACACCUCGUGUUUCUGGAGGGGCGUGGCCGACAAAGCCAACGAGGUGGUUCUGCUGUUCUCGGCCCUCAACAGCUGCCUGGACCCCAUCAUGUACUUCCUGUUGUCCUCCUCGGUGAGGAAGGAGGUUCUGCGCCUGGUGAGCAACCUGUUCCGGGUUCGAGACGUCGGAGGCGUCAGCGGCAGCAGCUCCACCAACGAGCUGGACGGGAAGACCAGCCGGCCGGACCGAGGACAGGCCAGCGUCAGCUUCAGCAGCCACGUGAAGGAGAAGACAGUCACUGAAUGUAGUCAGGCUGGGAGGUAGAGCUGC